AUGAACACCUCGGAGCGAUACGAGACGCUUCUACCCCAAGCUCAAAACCAUGACGACUUUCUACCUCGUCAGAAUGGCGUUCGAUCUGACCAGGACACUACGAAGCUCCCUCGCGAAACGAGCGUGAACACGGAGGAAGCCAGAGCAUUUACAGUCCCUGUCGCGCCUUCGCCACUCCAGCGAGAUCAGUACCAGGAAAAUAUCUACUAUGAGAGUGACCUUAUGAGAAGAUUCUUGGACGAACGACACCCUUCACCAGAGCUCAUCGCUGAGGCAGAUAGAUUUCUCGACCGCCUACGAGACAUCGCUAUGCACCCUGAUCUUAUCAAUCCAGAGACGCUGUCCCAAACGACGGAGCCUGAGAGACAGGCCAAGUGGGAUGUCAAAUGUAGCGCCAAAUUUCACUUCCUGGAUGAACUGAUCAAUCGCUUACAAGGACGAGCCAAGAAUACACACAUCGCUAUCGUCGUGAAAGGCCAGCGCCUGCCCGCGAUGGUCGAGACCUUUCUUAGUGGCACUUAUGUUCCUCAUCGCCGGGUGAGCAAGGAUCUCACUGAAGACCCUCGCUUUCGAAGUACGGAAGGCGUCAGAGUAUCGGUUGUCGAUCUUGAUUCGGACCUGAGUGCAGAGUCGCCGCUCCAACCUGUUGAUCUUGUGAUUGCACUGGACGCUUCUGUCGAUGCGAAAGACCCGCGCAUAAGGACUCUACGCAAGCAGACGGUUGGAGGUGAUGCGUGGUCAAUACUGCUUAUUUUGGCACUACCGAGAACUGUCGAGCAUAUGGAGAUGUGCUUGCACAAGAAUCUACCAGCUAAUGUCGCAACAAGAAUGCUUAUGAAGGCCACGCAAGAGCUCAAAUACAACUCGGGAAGGCUUGAAGGCACUCAAGCGCAUGUGAAGGAUGCUGCUACCAUUAUUGCAGACUACCUCGAUGAUAAUGAUGAGUAUACUGCAUCUGAGUGGCCAUUAACUGGACUCAGUCAACUUGAGGAGCUCGCCAGCCAGACGGAGACGGAGAUUGAUCAGACGGAGAUUGAUCCUUCGGCUUCGCACGAGACUGACGCAUCGGGAGCGACCAAGCGACCGCUCGAAGAGAUGGAUGUCGACAACGACAACACCAAUGAGUCGACCAAGCGUGCUCGUCAGUUCUCGCCUGGAGGGCCUGUAAUGCCAAGCACGAUCAACCCUCAAGAUAUCGAGCUUACGCAUGUCAGCGACUCGCUUGAAAAGAAUCCUACUGCAGACAUCACUAGGCCUGCAGAUCCAUCCCCAAGCAUCAGCAGGACCGAGCAGCAGCUACAGGAUCGACUCCAGAAUGCACAGAAUCGACUCGAGGAGCAUACGAAGGCGCUCGAGGAUCUUCAGUACCGCUAUGAAGACCAACGGAAGAAGCUUGUGGAAGUAACUCGCGAACGGGACAGUGCCAACAAUGAAGCCCAGCUUGCCGUUCAGCGUGUGAUUGGGGCAGACGCUAACAACACCAACCUUCGAGCAGAACGGACACAGCUCAAAGAUGCCCUCGCAGAUGCAAACCAACGCCUGCUAGAACACAGCGUGCCUGAGAGAGCAGAAUUCGAGCGACUGCGAGUCCUUGUGGAGCAAUUCAAGAUCGACAAAGAUAAAGCCGAGAAACGUACCGAAGCAACCAUGAAAGAUCUUGAAUGGACACGGUCAAUGUACCAAGACACCUCAUCCAGAGCCAUCGAGCUCGCAAACCAGAACCGUGACCUCGAGAGCAAAUUGGCCGAGGCUAUGGACAAGGCGCAAGGUGAAGCCGCCCGAGCCCGAGAAAUCAGUCUACAGGGCCACAACAAAGCCCUUGAACGCGAAAACACCCGACUACGACUUACGCUGAAGAAUCGUGACGCAGCACUGAAAUUCAAGGAUGAAGAACUCUUAAGAUUGAAGGAUUCUGGGAGGGGGAGAAUCGGUACCAGGCAGAAUAGUGUUCCACCGAGAUCUCCUCGAGUUGGAUCUCCGAUGAAGGGGAGAGGAAGUCGUGCGGCGAGUCCUGCUGCUGGGGAUGUUUCGUUGAAGGGGAAGACUCAUUUACAUCCUUUGAGGCAGGGUGGGUGA